GGGGGCGGAGCUACAUAGGGUGAUUGACGCUGAGGCCCGACUAGGAGGAGGCGGGGCCAAGGCUGGGGCCUGACUAAACCUGAAGAUUCGGGUGGCCGAGGGGCUUCAUCGCAGCUGAGGACCGAAAAGACGCUGGCAGCCGCGGAUCUCACCGCCGCUCAGGGUCUCCUGGACAGAUGGAAAACCUGAAGGCACCUCAGGCUAACCUUGUGUUUUUGGAAAGUCAGCCGACUUGUUGGUGAAGUGGGUGGUGGGGGGAGGUAAUAGACUAUUAGCUGACUUAGCGUAGCCGCUGCGUUCCAACGAAGAGGAACCUGAACGCGUGCGGUGUUCCGGGCUACAUGUUCGUGCCUGAUGUGAAGUGCCUGGGCGGCUUCUUUCCCUAAAAGUUUACCGCAUCUGUGCCCUGGGUUAGGUUUUUAGAACUUCAGCUAUCAAAAUGGGCAGAAUUUUCCUUGAUCAUAUCGGUGGUACCCGUCUGUUUUCUUGUGCAAACUGCGAUACGAUCCUGACCAACCGCUCAGAACUCAUCUCCACUCGGUUCACAGGCGCCACUGGCAGAGCAUUUCUUUUUAACAAGGUGGUCAACCUGCAGUACAGUGAAGUUCAGGAUCGGGUCAUGCUCACUGGUCGUCACAUGGUUCGAGACGUGAGCUGCAAAAACUGCAAUAGCAAGCUGGGAUGGAUCUAUGAGUUUGCCACUGAAGACAGCCAGCGCUAUAAGGAAGGCCGUGUGAUCCUGGAGCGGGCACUAGUUCGAGAGAGUGAGGGCUUUGAGGAGCAUGUACCAUCUGAUAACUCUUGAAGAAAAAGAGAUCAGUCCAUCUUCUCCCAGGUCUCCUUCACUGAAAACAAAAAUCUACUUACAUACACUGUCACCUUAGCAUCAGAGUCGGAUUCAUGAACUGCGGAACAAGAAGUUGUGAGAAUCUAAGAUGGAACCUUUCUUUGUUUCUUUUUUUUUUUUUAAAUUUUGUAUUUUCCAUCCAACAGCAGUGUGUAGAGAGUAUUAUGCAGAUGCAGUGAAUUUUCCCCCUGUGUUUACAUCUUGAGGCAGAAGAGUUUUUCUGCAGCUACAAGGUGGGCAAUGUGAGGAAAAAGUCUGGGCUGUUAGAGAAAGUGUAUUUUGUCAGUUUUGGAAGGAAAAUAUGUCAAGAGCAUGAUUUUUAAACUUAUUUGGCUUCAUUUUAAAACUUUUUUUUUUUUAAAAAAAAAACCCAGUUAUUUCAUUUGAUUUGCUAGCUUCAGAGAAGAGAUCCGAAUCUGUGCCCAGCGCUGAAGGCUCAGUGUUAGCAUGGCUUGUGCUGGCCAGUGUGCCAUAUUCUUGUUGGAGAUGAACCGUAGCACCAGAGCCCAUUCUUCCUGUCAGUCUUGACCGUUCUUCGUGACUUGUCAGCACGUAACUGGUGUUGAUUGGAAACUUCUGAAACGGGGCAGAGUUGCUUGGUUGUCUUUUUCCAUGUAACUUAAGCAUAGUAAUAUAAAUAAAGUAAUAGUUGGAUGUUA